GAACUUAUCAUAUAAUUAAUUGAAUAGGCUUGGACUUUACACCUCUUCAUUUCUCUGCUCUUAUAUGACCCAAAUCAAGGCAUAUACCUCUGACCAAUUCAGCUUGUCAUGUACUUGGGUUGAAAAUAUUUGUACCCAAGGCCCAUUGGGCUCACUCUAACCCAAAUACGAGGCAAGCUAAAUAAGGCCCAUUGGGCUUUAUCAAAUCUGUACACAUCCUGCCUCAUCAUUCUGCCUUACAUUUCAGUUUUGAACCACACACGAAUUCCUCCAGAUAAACCUCCCAAAACUUCUCUCCCAUACACACAGCAACAACGCUAUGAAUGCAAUUGCUCCUCAUGCCGUAAACUACCAAUUGAAUUUCCUAUUAAAACCCCGCAUUUUCACGAACAACAAUCGGAUAAAUAUUUCCGCUGGCCGGGGAAGAAAGCAUGCAGUAAAAUCCGCCGGCAGCGACGGCGGAGAGAAGAAAACCGAAAGGCGAAGCUUCUUAUCGCUGGAAGAGGCCGGUUUAGUUGAAAUUUCCGGCCUGAGCACUCACGAGCGAUUUCUAUGCCGAUUGACGAUAUCGUCGUUGAAUCUGCUGAGAGUGAUAUCGGAGCAGGAAGGGUGUAGAAUAGAGGAUCUGAAUGCAGGGAGGAUAUGCGAUUGGUUCCUCAAGGACAAGCUCAAAAGAGAACAGAAUUUGGAGUCUGCAGUCCUCCAAUGGGACGAUUCCGAAUUCAUGUUAUAGUUAAAAGCGCAUUUCUGUUUUUGUUUUUGCUUUAUCUUUUAGCGUCUUCACUGUCUCUGAUUCCUGCAGCAGAUUUUCCUUUUCUAUGUGCUCUCACUUUUCAAUACUGAACAACAAAAGAUGAUAGGAAGUCAUAAGUGGGGCAAUGUGUUUGCCUCCUGGAAUUCAAAUUUCAAACACGGACUCUCACUUUGCUGGCUGUUAGUGAAUCAAA